AUGGGAAAGGUCACGGAUGGACUCCUGCUACCCUUCCAGCUCGUUCUAGUCCUCUGCAAGCUGGGCUAUGCGGCCGUCACUGCUCCCCUCUACUCAACAUCGCCUUCAUUCUUCGAGCAUGUUGGAAAUGCGGGUGUACGCUCCCUCCUCGGCGAUCUGUCACCGUCGCAGUUGCAACUGAUCGUUCCACCAUUCCUGGAUGCCUGGCGCUCACUGUGCGCCCAAAAUCAUCUCGAAGCACCGAUUGUACCAAUCCCCGACACCAAGGCAUCUGGGUUCUGGAUUGGCGAUCCCCGGAAGGCCAAGUACUUCAGUCUUUACGUCCAUGGCGGGGGUUAUGUGAUUCCGGGCUCGGAAGGCCAUCUCAAGAUGCUCUACAAGAUGGUGAAUUGGUCCGACGGCAAGCUCGCUCUCUUCUGUGUUGCAUAUACCCUCUCUCCGGAGGCGAUCUACCCACAAGCACUUUCAGAGUGCGUGGAAGGCUUGCGCUACAUGUUCUCGCUCCCUCAGGUCAGACCAGCCAACACUCUUCUUACGGGCGACUCCGCUGGCGGCGCAAUCGUCCUGGCCAUCCUGAGCCACAUCUCCGCCCACCCACAUCCCGACAGUGCGAUCGUCAAGCCCCUGCAACUGGAAGGUGGUCAGUCGCUCAAAAGCGCAAUUCUUAUCAACCCCUUCAUCUCUAGCUCAAGCGCACGCUACGCCUCCAUCAAGCGCUUCCAAUAUAGGGAUACCUUCAAUGAAUCCACUGCCGAUGCCUGGCUCACGGCCUACAACGGCGGUAAGUCUGGUUUCGAAGACGACAUGUACAUCUGUCCCGCGCACGCAGACGAGUCGUGGUGGAAAGGCACGAAAUGUGGGGAGAUUUUGUGCACGGCAGGUGGUGAGGAGAGUUUGCUGGACUCGAUCAUCGACUGGUCGGAGAAGUAUAGGAAGGGAAUGGCAGGGGGUAAGAGGCGAGGUGAUGAUGCGGUCAAGCUGGUAGUCGGGGAGAAGGAGACGCAUAUCAUGCCAGUGUUGGCGCCGUAUGACGAGGAUAAGCUGGAUGCGCUGGGGGAGAAGUCAACCGAGGGCGCAAUCCGGGCUUGGAUUAGGGAGGAGCUGGCCUCGUAA